CGCCCAGGGCCCUCCGGACCCGGCAGGCUCUCUCCAUCCUCUGCUUUCCGCCUGCCCAAGGAGCUAUUUGCUUUCUCUCUUUCUCUUUCUUGCUCUGUGAGCGCGAAGCGGGAGGGGGAGAGGAGGAGGAAUUCUUUCCCCGCCUAACUUUGCAAGGGACACCAUUCGCUCUGUCUCUUCCCUUCCCGAGCCGUCUCCGAGGAGCUCCCGGGGACCGCCGCUCCUGCGCCCAGCCGAGAGGGGAGCCUCUCCAACUUCACGCCCUCUCUGCUUCUCCUUCGCUCUCCUCCUCCCCUCGCUACCUCCACCUCCACGGCCACCGCCACCUCCGGCACCCACCCGCCCCGCCGCCAGCCGCGCCUCCUUCUCGCCUCCCCCCUCUUCUCUCCUUUUGGCAGCCGCUGGACGUCCGGUGUUGAUGGUGGCAGCGGCAGCAGCCUAAGCAGCAGCAGCCCUCGCAGCGCGCCAGCUCUCGCUCCCCCGGCUCCAUUCUCCAGCCCUAUCGCCCCAUCUCCCGAAAGGUGCUGGGAAGAUUUGGGGCGGCCGGAGCGAAGCGGCGGCAGCUGUAGCGGCGGCGGGAGGCAGGAUGAGCGCACGCGGUGAAGGCGCCGGGCAGCCGUCCACGUCUGCCCAGGGACAACCUGCCGCCCCGGCGCCGCAGAAGAGAGGACGCGGCCGACCCCGAAAGCAGCAGCAAGAGCCAACCGGUGAGCCCUCUCCUAAGAGACCCAGGGGAAGACCCAAAGGCAGCAAAAACAAGAGUCCCUCCAAAGCAGCUCAAAAGAAAGCAGAAGCUACUGGAGAAAAACGACCAAGAGGCAGACCUAGGAAAUGGCCACAACAAGUUGUUCAGAAGAAGCCUGCUCAGGAGGAGACUGAAGAGACAUCCUCACAAGAGUCUGCAGAAGAGGAUUAGGGGGCGCCAACAUUCGAUUUCUACCUCAGCAGCAGUUGGAUCUUUUGAAGGGAGAAGACACUGCAGUGACCACUUACUCUCUAUUGCCAUGGUCUUUCCACUUUCAUCGGGGGUGGG